AUGCCAAAUUUUUUUAAAUUAAAAAAGUCCAAAGAAGAAAAUGUGUUACAACCAAAAUUAGUAACAAAAGCUAUAAUUUCCUCCGAUUUUAUCAAAAAAUUACCAAAAUAUGAAGAUAAAAGAACGAUAAUAUAUUAUUGGGGAAAAAGGGUUAUAAAUGAAAAUGAUGAUACACCUGAACAUUUACCAACCAUAUAUACUGAACUGAGUAGCGUAAAAAUUAAGGAAAUCAGUUGUAAUAAAACAUGUGCUUUAUUUUUAAGCAAUGCAGGAAAUAUGUAUUCAUUUGGAAAAGGAUUACAUGGAGAAUUAGGACAAGGUAAUUUAAUUGUUUAUAAUGUACAACCUUCACUUAUUGAAUCAGUUAAUAAUAUAAAGCAAAUAGCUUGUGGUUAUAAUCACUCUCUUUGUUUAUCAAAUGAUAAUAUUCUUUAUUCAUGGGGGCAUGGAAAUUAUAAUGGGCUAAAAUGUAAUUUUGAUAAAUUUGUACCAACUGUUUUAAAUAUAAUAGAAUAUGGAGAUGUAAUUGAAACAACAUUAAAUGCUUUGUCUCAUUUAAUAAAUAAUUAUGAAAAAUGUGAAAGAAAAAAAAAAGUAUGUACACAAAUUUAUGCAAAAUAUAAUCAAAGUAUAGCUGUUUGUGAUAAUAAUACUUCUAUGUAUAUAUGGGGAGAAACAUAUAAUAAUUAUUUGAAAUAUAUUCCUACCUUUUUUUAUAAAUUUGAAUCUAAUAAAAUAAAACAAAUAGCGAUGGGCAAAAAUUUUGCUAUUUUAUUAUUAAUAAAUGGUGAAUUAUAUGGAUGGGGAGAUGGCACAUAUGGAGAGUUAUGCAGACGUUCAUUUGAUUAUGAAGGGGGGUGUUAUUGUAUUUAUCCUGAACAGUUAAUAUUAAGAGAUGCUAAUAAUAAAAAGUUACCAAAUAUUAAUAAAGUAAGUGCAGGUGCAAGGCAUGUAUUGUUGAUAACUGAAGAUGAACAUGUAUGGUCCUUUGGAGAUAAAAUAUCAGGACAGUGUGGAAUUUCUGGUUUUCAAAAUAUUGUUACAACACCAAAAUUUGUUGAAUUACAUGAAAAUAAUCAAAAAGCUAAAAAAGUAUUUUGUGGAGAAAGACAUUCAGCUUGUAUAAAUAAAUUCAAUCAACUGUACAUGUGGGGUCAUUCAGCACAUCAUAAAUUAAUUUUUACUGCUUGUUCAGAUUUUUUAUUAAAUCAAAAUGUACAGCCAGGUAUUUCUAUUCAAUCAGGACUAAAGCAGAAGUUUAAUAAAGCCACACUAAUUUACUCUAUGUUACAUCAAAAGGUUACUAACGCAUAUUUAGGUGAUGAUUUUACAAUUGUCGUUGUUGGGGGUGAAACAUGUGAAAAACUUAAGCAAGGUGAUCAGUACUCUGACAAAACAUUUUAUUCUGUUCAAGAAGAAAGCGCAUAUGUUUCAACGUAG